AACUGCCAGCCGAGAUCACAGGCUCUGGGGCUGAAGCAGGAGGCAGGAUGGACUGAAAGGAAAAGAGGCAGGUUAGAGGGGAGAGGCUUGGGAAGGAAACAACAGAAAAGAAACCGCUCGCUGUGUUUACAGCAAAGCAAGGGACGGUUGGGUUGAGGACACAGACAAGACUGUGAAAGCCAAGAAAUGCAAAUAGAGCCAAAGAGGGGAGAAAAUGUCAAGAGGAACGUCCACCUGGAGAAAUGAAGAGAAUGAAAGUUUUAUGCUGCAGAACGGCCCCGUGUUUUUCCGGCACCAAAUUCUCUCGCUGUCUCUGAGCCCGCUCGCGUUUGCAAGCCAUUGACAUCAAGAGGCAUGUUCAGCGGUGCCGGCAGCAUCUCUUCUUCCUUCUCUUCCUCUUCAUCGUCCUCCUCCUCCUCUUCUUCCUCCUCCACGUUCUCCUCCUAUCAGGAAGAAGACAAACCUAGGACAGUCUUGAAAUAUCGAAAUUUCCUCCUUGGGAUUUGCCAGCGCCGCGUUGCGCCAAGACUGUCGGAAUAAAGGAGGCUGACUAUUGUAUUAUCGUUAUUUUAUUAAUUGGUCAGUGGGAAGAUUACAUCUGAGCAGAGGGGACAUCUGUCACCCUUUCUGCGUUAAGAUUGAAAAAUGAGGCUGGAUUUGGGGAAGCUCUAAAAUGAAGUAAAAGGAAUAAAAAUUUUAAGACAGCCACAGAAGCCCCCAACGUAGCACACUAUUUUAUUUAUAUUUUUGAGAUUAUUAUUUCUUUUGGUGGUGGGGGAGGUAAUCGGGUGGCUAACUGGCUACGGGGGAGCGGCUUCCUUUCCUUUGGAGAUGAUUGUGCUGUUAUUCUUUGCCUUGCUCUGGAUGGUGGACGGAGUCUUUUCCCAGCUUCAUUAUACAGUGCAGGAGGAGCAGGAACAUGGCACUUUCGUGGGGAAUAUCGCGGAAGAUCUGGGCUUGGACAUUACAAAACUUUCAGCUCGCAGGUUUCAGACUGUGGCCAACUCACGGACCCCUUACUUGGACCUCAAUCUGGAGACCGGGGUUCUGUAUGUAAACGAAAAGAUCGACCGCGAGCAGAUCUGCAAGCAGAGCCCCUCUUGUGUCCUGCACCUAGAGGUCUUCCUGGAGAAUCCGCUGGAGCUGUUCCGAGUGGAGAUCGAAGUGCUGGACAUCAAUGACAACCCUCCCUCCUUCCCGGAGCCGGACCUGACAGUGGAGAUCUCAGAGAGCGCCACGCCAGGCACCCGCUUUCCCUUGGAGAGCGCCUUCGACCCAGACGUGGGAACCAACUCAUUGAGAGACUAUGAGAUAACCCCGAAUAGCUACUUCUCUCUAGACGUGCAGACCCAAGGAGAUGGCAACCGAUUCGCCGAGCUGGUGCUGGAGAAGCCACUGGACCGAGAACAGCAAGCGGUGCACCGCUACGUGCUGACCGCGGUGGACGGGGGAGGAGGGGGAGGAGGAGGGGAAGGAGGGGGAGGCGGUGGGGGAGCCGGCCUGCCCCCCCAGCAGCAGCGCACUGGCACGGCCUUGCUCACCAUCCGAGUACUCGACUCCAACGACAAUGUGCCGGCGUUCGACCAACCCGUCUACACUGUGUCCCUACCAGAGAAUUCACCCCCUGGCACCCUAGUGAUCCAGCUCAAUGCCACCGACCCUGAUGAAGGCCAGAACGGCGAGGUCGUGUACUCAUUUAGCAGUCACAUUUCGCCCAGGGCUCGAGAGCUGUUUGGACUGUCGCCUCGCACCGGCCGGCUGGAGGUGAGCGGCGAGCUGGACUAUGAAGAGAGCCCAGUGUACCAGGUCUAUGUCCAAGCCAAGGAUUUGGGUCCCAAUGCUGUGCCUGCACACUGCAAGGUGCUAGUGAGAGUCCUGGAUGCCAACGACAACGCACCAGAGAUCAGCUUCAGCACCGUGAAAGAGGCAGUGAGCGAGGGUGCGGCCCCUGGCACCGUGGUGGCUCUGUUCAGCGUGACCGAUCGAGACUCAGAGGAGAAUGGGCAGGUGCAGUGCGAGCUGCUGGGAGACGUGCCGUUCCGCCUCAAGUCUUCUUUCAAGAAUUACUACACUAUCGUGACCGAAGCCCCUUUGGACCGAGAGGCUGGGGACUCCUACACCCUCACAGUGGUGGCCCGCGACCGGGGCGAACCUGCACUCUCCACCAGUAAGUCGAUCCAGGUUCAAGUGUCAGAUGUGAACGACAAUGCGCCGCGCUUCAGCCAGCCGGUCUACGACGUGUAUGUGACAGAAAACAACGUGCCGGGAGCCUACAUUUACGCGGUGAGCGCCACGGACCGCGACGAAGGGGCCAAUGCCAAAUUAACCUACUCUAUCCUCGAGUGCCAGAUCCAGGGCAUGAGCGUCUUCACCUACGUGUCCAUCAACUCAGACAACGGCUACUUGUACGCCCUGAGAUCCUUCGACUAUGAGCAGAUCAAGGACUUCAGCUUUCAAGUGGAAGCCCGGGACGCCGGCAGCCCCCAGGCGCUGGCAGGCAACGCCACGGUCAACAUCCUGAUUGUAGAUCAGAAUGACAACGCCCCCGCCAUCGUGGCGCCCCUGCCGGGGCGCAACGGGACUCCAGCCCGCGAGGUGCUACCGCGCUCUGCAGAGCCGGGCUACCUGCUUACUCGCGUGGCCGCAGUGGACGCAGACGACGGCGAGAACGCCAGGCUCACCUACAGCAUAGUGCGGGGCAACGAAAUGAACCUAUUCCGCCUGGACUGGCGCACCGGAGAGCUCCGCACAGCGCGCCGGGUCCCAGCCAAGCGCGACCCCCAGCGGCCUUACGAGCUGGUGAUCGAGGUGCGCGACCACGGGCAGCCACCCCUGUCCUCCACAGCCACCCUGGUUGUUCAGCUGGUGGAUGGAGCGGUGGAGCCCCAGGGCGGGGGCGGGGGAGGAGGCGGAGGGCCAGGGGAGCACCAGCGCCCCAGCCGCUCCGGCAGCGGGGAAACUUCACUGGACCUCACACUCAUCCUCAUCAUCGCGCUGGGCUCAGUGUCCUUCAUCUUUCUGCUGGCCAUGAUCGUGUUGGCCGUGCGCUGUCAAAAGGAGAAAAAACUCAACAUCUAUACUUGUCUAGCGAGCGAUUGCUGCCUCUGCUGCUGCUGCUGUGGCAGCGGGGGCUCCACCUGCUGCGGCCGCCAAGCCCGGGCGCGCAAGAAGAAACUCAGCAAGUCAGAUAUCAUGUUGGUGCAGAGCGCCAACGUCCCUAGCAACCCAGCCCAGGUGCCGGUGGAAGAGUCCGGGAGCUUCGGCUCCCACCAUCACAACCAGAACUAUUGCUAUCAGGUUUGCCUCACUCCGGAGUCGGCCAAGACCGACCUGAUGUUCCUGAAGCCCUGCAGCCCUUCCCGGAGUACAGACGCUGAGCACAAUCCCUGCGGAGCCAUCGUCACCGGGUACAGCGACCAGCAACCAGACAUCAUUUCCAACGGAAGCAUUUUGUCCAACGAGAAUAAACACCAGCGAGCAGAGCUCAGCUAUCUAGUUGACAGACCUCGCCGAGUUAACAGUUCUGCGUUCCAGGAAGCUGAUAUAGUAAGCUCUAAGGACAGUGGUCAUGGAGACAGUGAACAGGGAGACAGUGAUCAUGACGUCACCAAUCGUGGCCAGUCAGCUGGUAUGGAUCUCUUCUCCAACUGCACCGAGGAGUGUAAAGCGCUAGGCCACUCCGACCGAUGCUGGAUGCCUUCAUUUGUCCCUUCGGAUGGACGCCAGGCUGCAGAUUACCGCAGCAACCUGCAUGUCCCCGGCAUGGACUCAGUUCCAGACACCGAGGUCUUUGAACCUCCCGAAGCCCAGCCUGGAGCAGAGCGGUCCUUCUCGACCUUCGGCAAGGAGAAGGCCCUGCAUGGCACCCUGGAGAGGAAGGAGCUGGACGGAUUGCUGUCUAAUACACGAGCGCCUUACAAACCACCGUAUUUGACGCGGAAAAGGAUAUGCUAGUCAAUUCUGCAGCUUACCUGAAGCAGUAUGAUUUGCACAGAGUCGACCAACAAAAGCAUCAACUUUUCAACUUCAUUGUCUUGGCCAUCCAGUUAGUUGUGUGUAGCUGAGUGUUAGAUUUCCAGCGGAGUCAUCGUGGCCACGUGUAGGACCUAAUUGCUCUCAGCAGGCCUGAGAAAUGAGUUGAAAUGUGCAGACUGUAGAAACUCCAUAGGCAACGGGCGUUGCCUCUCCGAUCAGUGUGUGCCUGUUUACAGCACUAUCUAUCCUUCUCUCUCCAAAUGUCACUGAGCCCUUUAGAUGUUUAUAUUUACCAUGAGAAGCCAGUCAUCAAGAUAAAAGAAAUUUGUGCAUUAUAAACGCAACGUCACUGUUUUAAACUUGACUGUUUUAUAUUAUUUUUGUGUGACCAAGUGUUCCCCAAACUAUCCCAACUUUACAAGAGAGAUGUGACUAUGUUCUUUUCAUCCGUGGGGUAUUAAAAAAAUGUUGUAUUCUAAAGACCCACAAAAAUAUCAAAGACAUUCUGUAGUUUAUACACAGUGUUGCAAAGUGUUUA